UGAGGUUGAAGGUCACCACGGGAGUUAUGUGACAGAAAACAGCGCUAGUUACGAAACCUUGACCGAUCAACGCAGAGAAGCUAUACACCAGGAGUGGUGGGCUCAGGGUGGCGGCUACAGACAUGUCCUAUAGCAGACAGGAAGGUAAAGAUCGCAUUAUCUUUGUGACCAAGGAGGACCAUGAGGCCCCGAGCAACGCUGAACUGGUGGCAGAAGAUCCCGAUGACCCCUAUGAGGAGCAUGGUCUGAUCCUGCCCAGCGGAGACAUCAACUGGAACUGCCCUUGCCUGGGGGGCAUGGCCAGUGGCCCGUGUGGACAGGAGUUCAAGUCGGCAUUCUCCUGCUUCCACUUCAGCAAGGAGGAGGUGAAGGGGUCAGACUGCAUGGAGCAGUUCCGCGGUAUGCAGGAGUGCAUGCAGAGAUACCCCGAGCUCUACCCCCAGGAAGAUGAGAAGGAGAGCAGCUCAAAGGGCGGGGCACCUGACACUGAACACGCCCCUCCCAACCAGGACCCAGUUCCCGCCUCAGGAUCUGAUUCCAUCUCUGUCUCAGAAGACGCACCCCAGACAGACAGCCCAGCCAAAAGCUAAUACCAAAUUCUGCUUGUAUUCCUUUGCCUUUCCUCUGCAAUCAAAGCAAGAAGCACUUAUUUGAAAACAUGUUUAUUUCUGUGUAUGUGUGAAGACCUCUGUCAUUUUUUGAUUUGUUUUUAUACCUGAUAUUUUAAGAGGAACAAAGACACAAAGGCUAUCAGUUCCAGGCAACCUUUAUCCCUCCGGUAGGGAGUUUUAAGACACAAAAAUAUGUUUUGACCUUCAUGGCCAUGGGGUAAAAAAAAAUAAAUAAAAAUCUCUGACUGAAAAUGCAUACUGACACUGUUUUGUACCCAAGGUCAUGUAUUGAGUUGAAAUUAUGGGGUUGGGCUGUUAGAGGCUCUCAGGUUGAGGGGGGUUGCAUCAGCCAGUAUUCUAUCUAGUACUUCAACAUUUUGGGAACUCGCUGCUUCCUUUAUGUCUGAUAACACAAUAGGUGCUAUGCCAUAAUAGACCAAGGAUUUAUCAAAGUUGUAACUUUCAGUUACUAUCCUUGAUCAG